AUGAUGAAACUCACCCGAUCACGCGAUUCAUCGGUCGUUGAAGACUCUGCUUUCCUUCAUGGACCUUUUGAACUCGCCUCUCAUCUUCAACAACAACAACAACCCAUUCUCAAACCUCACGUCAUUAGACUACGAAAACAUAUUGAAAAAGCAAACAAGGAUCAUCAAAAGUAUUCUCAAACCAAUCCGAAUGAGCCUUCUCAGUCUUCUUCCUCAUCGGUUCAAAUCUAUAAGAGUCUCCGAUUUAAAACGCUCACUGUAUUAGUAUUAUUAUUUAUUUUGUUGAUGGCCUUGUGCUUGGCGACAUUGUUGACAGCUUUCAAUUUGUCGUUUUUGAAAGUGGAGAAUGCAAUGGCAAUGGAAUCUGCUAGAAGAUCAACUCGAGCGUUCUUUGAUGACUUUUACUACUUGACAUCGAGAGUGUUUGAAUAUGCUGCAUUUGGAGAUACCAUUAAUGUCGUGUUGAACACUUCCCAAAAUGCGUCCUAUGCUGCACAAGCCUAUUUGGAUUAUUAUUUACAUUGUCAAUAUCAGUUAUCAACGAAGGUUAAUUUUGCUCUGAUUUAUUAUUUGAAUGGGACUUUGUUGAAGGGCCUUGGAUGUUUUCGAGGGAUCAAAUUGGAUAAAAUUCCACAAGAAUUGUUGAGUCUGGACACACAGGUAGGAAGACAAUUAAGAAGGAAUAUUGAAAAUCCAGCUGUGAGAAAUGUUGGAUAUUUCUCUCCCUCUGAAAAAUUACUUGACCUCGUGACAAAUCCAGACACGAGUGCGAUACUUGCAAAGAAUUUUUCCAUUACCUCAUCUAAUGAUGUUUCAAACGUGUUAAUGUUGAGUGCAAUGCCUAUUCAAGAUACGGAUUAUAAAAAAAGCUAUGGACUCCUCGUUUUUGGAAGAUAUGAACUAAUUGACUAUGUUUAUGACAUGUCAGACCGAACACAAUUAUGCAUUACCAUGUACAAUUUAGACAUAAUCAAAGAUAGGCAAACAUUCGCAGCAUCUGUCGCUAAUGAUUUUUCUAAUUUCACAGAAUCAACAUUUUAUGGUAAAGAUGAAACCACACUUUCCAAUUUUAUUGCAAAAAGUACAAAGAACUGGCAACCAACAUUCAUUAAUGGAAUUAAUUCACAAAGUAAUUGGGGAAAUAAUUCAGGUCAAUUUGUUCAACAGCUUUCUAUUCCAUCCGAUUUUGAUGACAUGAUUCCAAUUGUAAAAGAUCGCCAAUGUGCCGAUUCUGAUAGUAUUACUGGAGAACGAAUGGCCGUUUUUCAACUUUACAACGAUCUCACUGGAAAGAAUAAUCUUGUGAUACGAACCGAUUUUCCAAGAGAUAUUUAUACACUUGGUAUUACUUCAUUCGUGAUCACAUGGGCUGUCAUGACCUUUAUGAUUAUUUUACUGUCAGUGUCAGUCAUUAUUUUCUUGGAAUUUUUCGUUAUUCGACGAGUGCUUCGCUUGACCAACUCGGUGAGAUCUAUCACCAACAACAACGACAUUAAGCAACGAGUUCCACACAGUGGUUCAGACGAAUUGGGAAUGCUCUCUGACGACGUAAAUGAUAUGCUUACUGCUCUCGAUAAUUCGCAAUCCGCUCUCACAGAUGAUAAUUUACUCAUGCAACGAUUAUUAGAGAAAACUUCACUUUCUGAGCAACAAUCACGUGUGAUUAUGAAUGGCAUUGACGAUUUUAUUAUUGUUGUUAAUUGUAAGAAUGGAUCGAUCAUUUCUUACAAUACAAUUUUCGAGUCCAAGAUUUUGAAAAAGAAUUCAACAAAUAUAGUGGAUUAUUUUGUAACAGAGUCACGUCGAUCAGUAUCAACAGAUACCCUCAACAUUUAUGACUCAUCUGAAACAAGUGUCACUACAAAUUUCAAUUCUACUAAGGUUGAAUAUUUUCUCUCCAAAUUAGACCAACUCACAGAAUCUAAAACAAGAUGGGAAAUUCAUCUGAAAUCUUCGCUUAAUAUAGAAAUACCAGUUUCUGUUUCGGCCAGCCAUGUAAACAUGAUGCUUGAAGAGGGUAAAAUUAGCGAUGUUUUUGUGAUUGUUGCAAGAAAUUUGAGUGAACAACAAGAGUUGAGACAAGCUGUCAAACAUCACCAACAACAAAUGCAGCAAUUCAAGCAAAACUUGGAAUUUGAACGAGUCAUGUUCCAUCCAGUACUAAAAGAAAAGUUUAAGGCCUUUUGCGAAAAAGAAUGUUCAGAAGAGAACUUUUCAUUCCUUGAAGAUGUUACUGCCUACAAGGCCAUCAAAAGAACGGCUGACAGAUCCAAAAAGCAAUCUGAAAUUAUUCAGAAAUAUCUUCUUGACACUUCACCCACUCCCAUCAAUAUUUCUCAAAAAGUUAAAGAGACAGAGGUGACUAAAAUUUCGAAUGGUUACGCACAAAUUGAUUUGUUCGACAAUCUUGAGCGAGUGGUAAAAGCCAUGAUGUUCAAAGAUACCUUUAUGCGAUUUUCCUUACAGAGUGAUAUUGCAUUAGUGGACUCAUCUUCUGCAUCAGCUGAUUCAGGUACAACCUUGAGUGUCCUGUCGUCGUCGACCGUAAGUGACGUCUCGACGAUUGGGUUCCCUGUUCUGCAAAUUUAA